CCAAUCAUAGGCUUUGAAAAAUAGACUUUCCGUUAAAGAGAUUCAGGUUCGUGCGUCAACAAAAUUUGUUUUGUCUUGCUUUUGUGGAUCAUACGUCUAACUCUCAGCAUUCAAAAAGUUAGCAUGCGUUAUAGAUAUUCGGACAGGUAUACCAACGGUCUUCCAGAAAGAAAGCCUGUCAGUCAUCAAAGACAAUCGAUCACUAAGAAAGAUGCAGCUCCUACAAAAAAGACGUCGGUUGCACCUAUUAAGAAAGCUUCAUCACCACGACCUGAUCUCACACCUCUCACACCGCCUGCUUCGCCGAUUGUCAGAAUAGCUACACCAUCAACCACAACCACAACUGAAAAAAUGCCCAAAAGAAAUGUUAUGCCUACGUCAGUUCCAAAUGCGGUUACCAUUGACGGGAGUUUUCAGUCGAGACUUUUACCUUGUCCGGCCAUGUUGGCACCUCAUAUGAAAAAGACUUCCUCCUCUUUUAAAAAGAAAAAACUCGCUUCCGAAAAAUCAGCGUUACCAAACCCUACUCCCGUCAACAAUACGAAUAAUGAUACUGUUCCGAAUUUUGCUGUCAACAACAUGCCAACUGCUGUAACUAUGGAAAGUACGUUUAUGCCAGUUACUACUCCCUUAGUGCAAACAAGGUCAAUAAAAGAAGUGAGUGGCAAAAUACCCACCUCUGAACUUUCUACCGAAAACAGUAAAGAGAGUAGCGUGAGUAAGAAAGAAAGUGGGAGUAUGAAUAGUUCAAAAAGAGACUCAGGAACAAAGAGAGGAACCAAAAAUGCCACAUCAAAAAGAGCCACUACCACAAGAAAACGAGGCUCUAGUAGCAACGGUGAUGAUGGAGAUGAUAACGGUUCACCCAAUUCCAUGCCACCCAAAAAGAUUCGCAAUAUGGCAAAACGUUCAACAAAGAGAUUACCAAUAUUAGAGGAUACCUUUGAAUUGAGGUAUGUGAUUAAAGGCCACACUGAAGAUAAUAUACCCGUUCGAUCGAAGGAUGAACUUGAAGAUAGUAAAGACAAUUGGUGUUGUGCCUUCGAACCAAACGUAAAGCAGUUAGCAAACGAGAAGGGAGAAUUUUCAGAGACAGCUAUGGACACUGUAGCUAUAUGUGGAUCUUACACAGUUUUGUUUCUGGACACUCAACAAGGAAGAUAUAUCAAGAAAUACACGCAUCCUGAAAGUCAGGAAAUAUUUUACUGUUUAGCAUGGACUACUUUGACAGGAAAACAACAGCUAGUAUCUUUGAAAGAAGCUAAAGAGGAAGAUGAUUCAAACGAAAAUCAGCAGGUUUCUGAGGAAGAGGAAGAAGAGGACGAUGAUGGAAGCAGUUGCAAUUUAUUAGCAGUGGCAGGAAGACUGGGUUCGAUCAAAUUACUGAAUCCACUACAAAAUGAAUGUUAUUGUUACUUAUUCGGACAUCGAAAAGCAGUAUUGGCUUUAUCAUUUGCAAAGGCAGAGCCAAGAUGGUUACUGAGCGCUUCCGCUGAUAGAACAGUACGUUUAUGGGAUAUAGGAUCCCCAAGAACCAGUGGGGAUAAUUCAAGCUGUUUAGCCAUGUUUGUUUUGCCAGCUAACAAGGGUGGGCUUCCCACCUCUGUUGAAAUGUCGUAUGAUAUGAAGACUGUCGUGGUCGGUUGCGAUAAUGGAGAUAUGUACCGGUUUGUAAUUACAGCAGAGCAGUUGAAGAGUUUCCGUACUCGUGCAAUUGAGCAACGUAAAGAGCACCCUCAAGACGGUGAUAAAUGGAAGCACCUCGGUCCUAUUGCUACUAUCAACGCAAAAAUGAGAUUCCCUGGAGGUGAUGAGUGGCAUGAAGGGUACGUGGAUGGUGUUCAUAUUUUAGGUCAAGAUGGCAAUACCAGAAAUAAAAUGAACAAUCUCAUCGUGUCCCGAGGCUCUGACGAUAUGGAAAUUAUUGUUUGGAAUCCUACGAAAAGCACAACUACAGAUGGUGACAUACACAUGUCUUUAGAAUGGCCCGAUGCGGCAGGAAGCUCAGGGUUACGAUUUAAAGUGAUUGAGCAAGACAAUCAGAAAGUGCUCGUUGGCGGGGACUAUGAAGGAGGAUUGCGAAUUUACAAUAUCGGGCAAGGUAAAAGAAGUAAAGUAUUGGACGAUGGUAGCUUAGAGCAGUUUGAACCUGUUAAGGUACUUACCCAUUCGAUGAGCUCUGAGCUGAUGCGAGAUGUGGCUUGCUCAAGUGAUACCCGUACCAUUGUUGCGAUUGAUAACAAUAAUACCAUUUUUGUGUGGGCAUCUAAAAAGCUAAGUUGGUAAUAAAGCUAUUGAAACAUUGUUGGUUUUACC